GUUCAUCUUCUACAGACACUGCCAGCACAUACCGUAGCACAAAAUAAAAACACAUAUCGCUCUUUUUGUAUGAUUUUUACGCUGAAAUAGAUCUCGGGCGCAACUGGUUUGUCAUACUGUCGACACGUACACCAUUACAGACCAAAAUGCCCGUUUUAUUGCAGUCUGGGAAAACGCAGUGGGUGUCAGCUUUGAAGUUAUCCUCUGUAGCAAUGGUGAUAUUUCUGGCGUUCCCAGCCAAUUCCAUGGACGUGUUGGUGCCACAACAGAUCAAUGCGCUCAAUGGCACUAAGAUCAAAAUUCCCUGUACGUUCACAUCAUGCUACAAACUGGACCCCAGCAAGUUUGCCAUGAACUGGACCUAUCAAGAGACAAUCAAUAGCACAGAGGAGAUGUUUAUGACUUACAAGAACAAGAUAACACCCAUGAAGUCCAAUCGAUUUGGAGACCGGGUCCUGUUUACUGGAAACCUGGACAAGAACGACCUGUCCAUCACUAUCUCAGAUGUGCAGCUGACCGAUGAGGGCAUUUACCACUGUUAUGUGCGCAACCCUCCAGACCGCAUUCUGGGUCAUGGCACCAUCCAGUUCCUCGUCUUUACAGAAUUGCCUCCUCCAAGGGACUCUACCAUCGCUGUUGCCAUUGGAGCAUCUGUGGGAGGGAUUCUUGCUUUGCUGAUUCUGUCUAUGGUGGUGGUGAAGUGCAUUCGCAGACAUAAGAACCAGGAAUUGAUCUCAGAUGAGCAGAAGAUAGAAGAAGAGGGCAAAGUAGAUGGAGAAGGAGGAACAGAAGAAGCCACAAAAAAUGCAUAAUUCUCCUGCCUGAAGAUGAUAUGUUAAACAUGUCCGACUCUUCGUCCUGUACCUGUCUCAUGUAACAUUCCUAAAGGCUUGGUUUUUUGUGUUGCCAUCAAAUGUGUCAUAUAACCGUGGAACUAUCUUUGCCACAAUGUCAGGGUGUCCAGUCACUUAUGACGUAUUACAGUAGGCUGAAAAUUGCCUUUUCCACACAAUAUGCCAGGUUAAGGUGGUAACACAGCAUUUUUUUUCUCCUACUAACUACUGCCAGUGGAUUAGCCAUCCAGUAUUUCUGCUGAGAAUUUUUUAAAUGUAGUUUUAAGCACACAUAUUUCUCUUUAAAUCUGCCAAAGUAUUUUUACCCUUAUAGUGUUCUGACAGAAAAUCACUGCCCUCAACUUUCUCUCAAGUGGGUGUGAACACCUAAUGUUUUUAUGUACGUGUACGAUUGUUUGAAUGCAUGUGUGCCUUCUCAUUGUGCUAGCUUUGCUGUCAUGUCUGAAUGUUAAUGCUGUUUUUAAAAUCUAAUGGGAGAAACAGAGCAAGAUUUAGCAGUAUUAUCAUCGGAGCAUUGCAGUCUUCCACAUUUAUGAUUAACUAAUUUUAAAAUAAGCUACAGUACAGCAUGUCGUAACUUCACCUUGAAGCAGAUACAAUCAUUGCAUGCCGAUUCCCUUACAUGUGAUGCAUAUAAACUGUGCAAAAUGAUCCAUCAUUCUACAUAAUACAUUGUCAUUAUUAUGUGGCAAACGAAACUUUCAGGUGAUACAGUACUUGUAUUUAUAGAUAAAGCCAAAAAAAACAAAGAUACAUUUAUUUGCUUAUAUGCUUAUGAUUGUGUUUUAUAUGUUUGUUGCAGUGUGUAUUUUGAAAUGUGUGAAUUUCUUUUAUGUGAGUAUCUUGAAUGUUUUUUUGUACCUGCACUUCAUAUUUAAUCUGAUAAUUAUAUUUCACAGAUAAUCUUAUAAUUUAAGUGAACGUGUCAAAUAUUCUAUAUACUGUAUUGUGGCCCAAAAAAUUAUGUGGAUAUUUAAGCCUCAUUUAAAAUGAAGACAUUUAAUGUAUGAGUUAGAUAUAAAAUGUAAAGGUUUGUAAAUGUUUUUUAAAUAAUGCUAGUCCUUUUCACAAAAAGGAACUUCUCUUAGGAUUUAUUUUGAUUUAUUGCAUUUGCUGGUGUCAAGGUCCAAAUGUUCAGUUGAUACCACACAAUAUUAAAAAUGAAUUGAGGUUCUUC